GAGUCUCCCUUAGUGGAGAUAUUCUAGACCUAUCUAGACACAAUCCUGUGCUCUGGGAUGACCCUGCUUAAGUAGAGGGGUUGGACCAGGUGAUCCGCUGUGGCCCCUUCCAACUUUUCUCAGUUUGUGAUUUUAAGUGGGCAGCUGUGGUGGAGAAGUAAGACAAGUUAUUCAGUCUCUGAAAUAUCAGUGAAGAUCCUUUCUGUUAUAGAGAUGAGUUGCAAUGAAGUCACGCUAAAAAAGAAAAAUACUUUCAGUGCCACAAAUUUAGGUUUCUUCAAAAAGCCUUAGAUUAAUUCUUGCAGUAAUGUUGUUAGUGUGAAUGGCAUAUGGAAGGGUAACUUGGCUCUAUCAAAAACUGUCUCCAGAUAUGCUGAUGGUGUAAAUCUGGUGUUGAGAUUGACUUAAUUGGAGCUCCAGUACUGUAAAUUAACAAAAAUACUUCUGGUUUCUGUGCAGCAUUUCACUGACUUUGGUGGGAAAGGCUCAUCAUAUGAUACAGAUAACGUAAAGAGAUCUUGGGGAGUUCCUGAAGGUUGUUCGACUGCAUUUUGAAUUGCACUAAGUUUUGCAACACAGCACAUGCCUAAGUAUGCAAUCUGCUAAUAUGCUUCUGAGAAAAAUUGUAAGAAGUUCUGUCCUUCCAUUUGCUGCACAACAUGGGAUGAAAAAGGAUUUGUUUCUUCUCAGUAGAACUCUGAGUUUAUCACUUUGUCUGAAGCAGGACAAGUCAUGUGAACCCUCAGAAAAAUUAGAUUUAGAUGAGUGGAAGAAGGUAAUGAAGUCUGGGUUGCAAGAAGAGGUGAGUGAGACGGUCUCGGAGCCUAAGGAGCUUUCCAGUUUGGCUGCUGCACGUGAGACUUUGGAGAUGUGGAGGCUAGCUGGCAGAGCAGUUCCAGAAAAAAUUAGUGAAGACCAGCUGAAAACUUUUAUGGAGUGUCCUUCUAAGUCAGCCAAAAAGAAGUAUUUAAAAUUCUUGCAUCUCAAAGAACUUUACAAGAAAAAUGACAGAAGAAAGGCGGAGGAGAAAAGAGAAAGGAAGCUAGAAGCACAAGAUCAAGCUUCAAAAACAGAUGAGACCAAAAAGAGUUCAUUUGUAUGUUUGUGGUCCAGCACUAUGGAUAAAGCAUACAACUGGAGGGCUGCUCAGUCCAUGAUCUUUGGCCAGCCUCUGGUAUUUGACAUGUCUUAUGAAAAAGAAAUGUCUGUCCGAGAAGUCACAAAUACAGUGAGACAGCUAGUACUGAGUGAAAGCUUCAAUCGGAGAUCUGUGGAUCCAUUCCACAUCCACUUCUGUAACUUCAAAGAUGAUAGCCUCUAUGAAAGGGAAUUUAUCAAGCAUUAUAGAGAGGCGUGGGACAAACUGCUCAUCACAGUGACAGACCAGUGCUACACAGAAAUCUUUCCAAAGGACAAGCUCAUCUAUCUGACAGCUGAUUCUCCCAAAGUAAUGAAAACAUUUGAUCAUGAUAAGAUCUAUAUUGUUGGGUCAAUGGUUGACAAGAGCAUAAAAACAGGAGUCUCUUUAGCACGGGCAAAGCGAUUGGGACUGGAGACUGCAGCCCUUCCACUGGAGAAGUAUUUGCUUUGGAAUACUGGUGCCAAAAAUCUCACACUGGAUCAAAUGAUGCAUAUUUUAUUAACCUUAAAAGAUACUGCUGACUGGAAGAAGGCUCUGGAAUUUGUUCCAAAAAGGAAAUACUGUGGCUUUGUAAACAAACCUGUAAAGGAACUGAAAAAAACAUUAGACCUGAUCAACACACUUAAACUUGGAAAGGGACGGGAAAAAGUAGAAAAGCAAUUUGCCAAAAACUACCCCAAGAAGUAUAAACUAAAGCAAAAGUAGAGUGAUGGGGGGGAGAAUGAAUUUUUUACACAUAAACUGUGUCCUUUAAUGCUGCAGCUUCUUGGUACAUCUGGAACUCUGUUCCGCUCUUAAUCUCAGAACUUGUUUUGUUGCUUACGUUUGAGAUGACCAUCGUUAAGAAUUGGGGUUUUAAAAUUACUUUAGUAGUCCAGCUGUUUAAAUUUAUUCACGUAUUAUUGAAAUUAUGUAAGAGAAGUGAGAUAAUCUAUUGUAAAAAAAAACAAAACUCUACAGGAAGACUGUCAGUCUGUUCAAUUGAACUGUGCUUGAACAAGGGUGAUUGCUACUGAAUGCAAAGGUCUUCAGAGCUCGCUGCUUUGGAGGCUGCCUACAGUUUUAUUUUAAAAGAUCACUAAGGUGUAGUAGAAGAGACCUCUCCCAUUACUUCCUGAAUCCUCUUGUGUGCAGAGGAAUUUAAUUUUGAUAGCUGAACUAAAAUAGUUAAAACCUUGCAUGAGUUUGGGGAACUGCACCAUUUAUUUCUUGACGUUCUGUCUGGCACAAUCAAAUCCCUUGGAAGGAAUAAGGCAAAUUUCUUGACUGCGUUAAAAAAAAUAAUCUUACCUACUUUUGUGUAAGACUUUUAUCCUAUACUGCCUGUGUUUUCAGGCCAUGUAAUGUAGAUUUCCCAAAGUGCUGGAACUUCUGAGACAGUAAACAGUCCUAUUAGUAAAUACUUCGAGGAGCAGAGAGCCUGCUGUCUGUAGGACUAGAAGGGCUUUCUUUGUGGGUGAUGCUUAAAGUCGGUGAUGGCAGAUGAUGAGUUGGUGGUGAUCCACUCCCUGGUGACCUCUUCCUACAUGCUGUUGCAAGGUGGGGGUUGGAAGGCAGAAGAGUCACUACCCCAAUACUGCCCUUCAUUGCUUGUUGUGAGGUACAGGGGCCUCCAGGCAUGAAUCACCUCUGGCACAGGGAAAGACCUGAAUCCUUUCAGCUGUGUGUGUUUGGGAAGGACACAAAGCUUCACCCUAGGGUGAUG